AUGGAUAUAAAUACGAUAUUGACACUUCCAAUACGAGUAUUUUCUUUACCACCUGAAGUAUUAUUAGUUAUCAUUCCAAGAAAAAAAUUCGUAAAAUCCUCAGCGAAAUUAAUAUCUGAACCAGAAAUAACAAAUAAAGUGAAAGACAGCGUUUUUUUUAAACAAAAUGAAGAUAAUAUAAGACCUACAUGCCUUGUUUGUGGAAUAACCUUUGAAAAUGUAGAACUGCAAAGAACUCAUUAUAAACUAGAUUGGCAUAGGUUUAACGUAAAAAGACGUGCUGCUAGCUUAGAACUUGGUAAAAAGCAAUAUAUACCAACAACCGAAGAAGAAUUUGAAGAAUUAAUGGGUGAUAGUAUAUCAAGUAUUUCAGGAUCCGGAACGGAUUGUUCUGACACAACAGAGGAUGAUGUAGCAACUCUUGUUAAUGAAUUGAAAGAAACUAAUUUAUAUAAUGAUGAAUUAACUGAAAGAAAAAAUAAUAAUUCAGAACCAAUCUCAUGGUAUAUUUGUCCUAACUUAUUUCCGACUUCAAUUAAUUUAGGUAUAUAUAAGAAUAUUCUUUAUAAUUUUGGAGACAAUGAUAUUGAUGAUAUUUACAAGUUACAAGUGAAACCUAACGAAAAACAAAAUCCAAGGUUAUGGGCAAUGAUAAUGAUUGGAGGUGGUCAUUUUGCAGCAUUGAUUUUGGAUGUUACAAAGAAUACAAACGUGUUUCAUGCUAAAGAAGUUAAAGCGAUAGUUCAUAAAACUUUUCAUCGAUAUACAACACGUAGAAAGCAAGGGGGGAGUCAGACUAGCAAUGAUAAUGCGAAAGGAAAGGCCAAAUCUGCAGGUGCAGAUUUAAGAAGAUAUAAUGAAGCUGCUUUACAAAAAGAUAUUCGUGCUCUAAUUGGUCAAUGGAAAUCAAUGAUUGAAGAAAGUGAGCUUAUUUUUGUUCAUGCUCCUAGUGCUAAUAAAAAUAUUAUAUAUAAUUACGAAGAAUCAGUUUUAAAGAAAGACGACAAAAGAAUUAGGAGUUUCCCUUUUUCCACUAAACGUCCGACUUUUACCGAGCUAAGAAGAUCCUAUAUAGAGUUAACUAGAAUAAAGGUGUUAGAAGUAAAAGAAAGUAAUGAUGAUAAUGGUAUACAAGAAACUAUAAAGAGCAAAUUGACGGAGGAAAAUCUGAAACGUUCUCAAAUUAUCACAGAAACGAUGGAAUUAGCCAAGUCAAAUGAAUCUUCAGAUAUAUUAGAAAAGGCAUCAAACGAAACAAUUAAAAUGUACAAUCUUAUAAAGAAAGGGAAAUUGGAUCUAUUCGUGAAUCAUAUUACUAAGAAUUCUUUUAAUGUGACAGACCUUCUUCCUAUCACGCCAAUUUCUGAGAAUGAUAUUAGUAAGAUUCCAACUUUACUACACUUGGCGUCAUCUUUAGGUCAACAUGAUAUUAUCGAAUAUCUUUUAAAUCAAGGUGCAGAUCCGACCAUUACCUCAAUAAAAAACUUGACACCUUAUGACUUGGCAAAGGAUAAAGAAACACGUAAUGUAUUUCGAAGGUAUAUGGCAGAACAUAUGGAUAAGUGGAACUGGAUCAAUGCUCAUGUCCCUAGUCCUUUGACAAAAGAGAUGGAAGAAGAGCAACUGAGAAAACAAAAAGAAAAGAAAAGGAAGGAUAAAGAAAGAAAGAAAAAGGCAACAGCUAAUAAAAAAGAAAAAGAAAUAAUUGAAGUAAAUAAAAAAGCAAUAGCUGAAAGUAGCGAAUCUAUAUCUUCAGCAUCAAAGAAAAAUGGUUCAUCAAUGACAGGUAAAUCAUUAGACAAUUCUAGUUCAUUAAUUGGAUUACCAGCUGAAAUGCGUACGAGAAUUGAAAGAGAACGUCGCGCCCGAGCUGCUGAAGCACGAUUAAACGGAAUGCAAAAUAGAGGUGCACCUAAACCUUUAACCCUCCCUUCUAUAGGUAACGUUGUUUGCAAUAUGUGUGAAAAAUCUCUUUCCGGAUUAGUACCUUUUGAAAUUUGUGAAUUGAAAUUUUGUAGUACUGUAUGUGUAAAGAACUAUAGAGAUAGAGAGUCAACGUAG